AUCCAACGUGGGACUACGGAACGAUCACCGGUGGAAAAAAAAAGGAAAAGUAACUCAAGAAAGGAAAAAACUCAUGAUGGUGGUGCACGGUCGGAAGGAGGGGGGGACUCUAUUUUGCUAUUAAUCGGAUCGUCGAGGUUUUGUGACCACAGACUACACCUGAUAAGCUGUUGGUUGAGUUCUUCUGGAACGGGCUGUGUGUAUUUCAAAGUUGGAUUUAUUCGACUACAGCGGCGAAGUGCUGGCGAGAUUUGGACGAUAUGCAGCGCUCGGUUUGAGAGACCAACGCUGGAGUUUUCGGCACUAUUCCUGCGUAUCUUAACUUAAAAGUUAUUUGCUGACUAAAUCUUCAAGUUUGUAGUGGACAUUUUAUAACCCCACCUGAAGUGACAGUUCAAACGUUUUGCUAUGUUUUAAAGAGUUUUGCUGCUGCUCCGUUGAUCAACAGUUAUUUUGAGAGUUGUCCGGGCGCACUGUGUCCUUUAACAUUUUGCUGUUGCAUGUUUUCAAACAUGUCACCAAAAGCAGUUAUGAUAUCGAUAAAGUAAUUCGUAGCCUUUUAUGAACACACUCUUUCAACUUAAAUUUAAGUUCAGGGCGGAAUACAAGUUCGCUGUUGCCUACUUUUAGCUAGCUAGUUAAUCUGUGAAAUCACCUUUGAUUUUUUUUUUAGCCCGCGUCGGACACCAGAGGAGAAAGUUGGACUGGGAACUUGUGUCCUAAAUGACUGUUGUUGGGAUGGAAAACGUUUUACUGCACCACAGUUAUUCGUACUAGCAUCUGUAUUACAAGAAGACAAUUAAUGUGCUAUACAAGGCAUUCAGUCUCUCCGAAGCUACAUUAAUAUUCCAGUUUGUGUGUACGAGGAGACCUAGCGGCCGCGCUAUUAAACUGGAUACAAAAUGGCGGCGUCCCUGGGACGAUUUGGAUAUGUUUCUCGUUGUGUUUUUUAUUUAAUUUUGUCAGUCGAACUGUUUAUCAGUUAUGGAUUGAGUUCAGACUUGCCGUGUGCCCAGAACUGUACCUGCAACGGAUAUUCAGUGGACUGUAGCAAUCUGGAGCUGACAGCUACGCCUCUGGACCUUCCCGUCCGGACUGUUUCCUUAAAUCUUGGCCAGAACAAGCUGACCGCCAUCAGUGUUGAAGCUUUUGACAACCUUCCCAACUUGAGAGAGCUGCGGCUGGACCACAAUGAGCUGACCUCCAUACCAGAUUUAGGACAGGCUGCUUCCAGGAUUGUAUCUCUCUACCUACAUCAUAAUAAGAUCCGCAGUAUAGAUGGCAGGCAGACCAGAGAGCUGGUUUCUGUGGAAACGCUGGACCUGAGCAAUAAUGACAUCACUGAACUCCGAGGGCACUGCUUUCCCGCAGGCCUCCAAAUCAGAGACCUGUACCUGAGCAACAACAAGAUUAGCGUGUUGGAGCUCGGAGCUCUGGACCAUCUGGGCUCAACUCUACAGGUCCUGAGACUGAGCCGAAACCGCGUCAGCCAGAUCCCUGUGCGAGCCUUUCAGCUCCCGAGGCUCACCCAGCUUGAGCUGAACAGGAACCGUAUUCGUCAGGUGGAGGGUCUCACCUUCCAGGGUCUGUCCAGCCUGGAGGUACUCAAACUGCAAAGAAACAGCAUCAGCAAACUGACUGAUGGAGCCUUCUGGGACCUGGCCAAGAUGAAAGUCCUUCACCUGGACUACAACAGCCUGACAGAGGUGAACAGUGGCUCCCUGUAUGGCCUGACCUCCCUUCAGCAGUUAUUCCUCAGUCACAACUCUAUAGCCCGCAUCAACCCUGAUGGAUGGAAGUUCUGCCAGAAGCUGAGAGAACUGAAUCUGUCGUACAACAACUUGACUCGUCUGGAUGAAGGCAGUCUGGCUGUGCUGGGGGAUCUCCACGCUCUCCGUCUGUGCCACAACUCCAUCAGCCACAUCACCGAGGGAGCCUUCAGAGGCCUCAAGGCUGUACGCAUCCUGGAGCUGGACCAUAACGACAUCUCGGGCACAAUAGAGGACACCAACGGGGCCUUCUCUGGAUUGGACAGCCUCAACAAGCUGACUCUGUUUGGAAACAAGAUCAAGUCGGUGGCCAAGAAAGCCUUCUCUGGCCUGGAGACCCUGGAACACCUGAACUUGGGAGAGAAUGCUAUUCGUUCCAUCCAGCCCGAUGCCUUCAGUAAAAUGAAGAACCUCAAAACCCUUCUCAUUCAGAGCGAUAGUUUCCUGUGUGACUGCCAGCUCCACUGGCUGCCUGACUGGUUGGUGACGCGUGGUUUGCAGGCCGGGGUCAAUGCCACCUGUGCCCACCCGGAGAGCCUUAAGGGCACCAGCAUCUUCCAGGCUCCGUCCAACAGCUUUGUGUGUGACGACCUUCCAAAGCCCCAAAUCACCGUGCAGCCAGAAACUACAGUGACCGUCCUUGGUAGCGACGUGCGUCUCACCUGUACGGCUGCGAGCAGCAGCUCCUCCCCCAUGACCUUCGCAUGGCGUAAGGACCAGGAGCUACUUCGCCACGCCGAGACGGAGAACUUCGCCCACGUGCACGCUCACCACCAAGGCACAACAUCUGAUGCGGCAGGUGCAAGUGGAGGUGUGAUGGAGUACACCACUAUCCUGCACCUGCGGCAUGUCACCUUCACCCACGAGGGCCGUUACCAGUGCAUCAUCACAAACCACUUUGGCUCCACCUACUCCAGCAAGGCCCGCCUCAUCGUUAAUGUUCUCCCAUCCUUCGUGAAGACUCCCAGGGACAGCACCAUCAGGACGGGCCACACAGCGCGGCUGGAGUGCGCCGCAGAGGGCCACCCGGCACCGCAGAUCGCCUGGCAGAAGGACGGCGGCACGGAUUUCCCCGCUGCUCGGGAGCGACGAAUGCACGUCAUGCCUGAUGAUGACGUGUUCUUCAUCAUGGAUGUCAAGCCGGAGGACAUGGGCGUGUACAGCUGCACUGCCAAAAACACAGCAGGCACCGUCUCUGCCAACGCCACCCUCACCGUGCUGGAAACACCCCACCUGGCCCAGGACCUGGAGGACCGCAGCGUGGUGGUCGGGGACACGGUGGCCCUGCAGUGUAAGGCUCUGGGCAGCCCGCCGCCCCGCAUCACCUGGCUGCGCAACGACCAGCCGCUGCGCCCCUCUGACAGACACCACUUCACCCCGGGGAACCAGCUGCUGGUCAUCGGCUCGGCCUCGCUGGAGGACGCCGGCCGCUACACCUGCCUCAUGUCCAACACCCUGGGCACGGAGCGCGCUCACAGCCAGCUGGUGGUGACUGGGCGCCGCAGCCCCUGCACGCCGCAGGUGGGGCCGAGCACGGUCACUAUAGGGAUCAUCGUCAUCGCUGUGGUGACGAGUAUCGUGGUGACGUCGUUGGUGUGGGUGUGCAUCAUCUACCAGACCAGGAAGAAGAGUGAGGAGUGCAGUGUCACCAACACGGAUGAGACGAUAGUUCCUCCAGACGUACCCAGCUACCUCUCCUCCCAGGGCACUCUGUCCGAGCGGCAGGAUGUGUGUAUCCGUGUGGAGGCCGGCGGUGGACCUCAGCCCAACGGACACAUCGUAGACACCGCAGGUUUCGACGGUGCAGUAGUGUGUACGGAUUGUAUGGAGAACGGCAGCAGCUACUCCAAAGAUCCGGACUACCUGACACACGGGUUUGGCCCUGCUGGAGGCAUGGAGUACCAGCAACACUCUGCUCCCCCACCCUACUCUCACUAUCAUCCAGGCGAGCAACAUGACGCAGGGCCACACUCAACCCCGCUCUGCAACGGGACACCCAAUGGGAUCCGAAAGGACAUUCAGGGAUCCACGUUUCCAAAAAAACACAAUACGUUACAACUGAACCAGCAUGAUAGAAAAGUGAGCAGAGCGGGACAAACGCCGGCGUGCUCUCCAUCACAGGAGGACUCCUUCCACAAGCCGGUGAAGCUGGCCGGCGUGACGAGCCACAGAGGCCUCGACAGUGACUGUGAGCCUGAGCUCAGACAGACUCUGCUGUCCAACGGACACACCCUCAGAGCCUCUCAGAAUGAAAGCGCCCCCCUAAGGAGAGCCAGCGACUAGCAGGCGCUCCAUUCAGCCCAAAACGUGGACUCGCAGUAGCUGAGUGGACUUUGAUUUUUUGCACUGAGAAAUAAACUGCUACCUCAUAUCGAGGCGAUUGAUCCUGAGCCUCCUGGAUCUGGACUGAAAGGGAGCACCAGGAGAGGGAAAAGUCAGGGGGCAUCCGGAGUUUGAAGGUGGAGCUUGUGUGGGUGGCGUCCCAUCUGAGCGUAUCAGCUGUACAUAGUUAAAAACCUUCUUUUGGGAGGUGACCAAUAAAAAUUCUAGCUCCAAAAAAUGUGACUUGCAUUUGAAGCAUGUAAAUGUAGGGAAUCUUGUACAGUAUGUGUAUGUGCAGGGGGUAAAAAGAGAAAUAUACCUUUGGACAUUUUACUGUACAUAAGAGUUUUCUUAUAUUAUAUAUUAUAUAACUUUUACAAAAGAGUAUUUGAAUUUAUGUGCAUGACAAAGAAAGGAGUGAUGGUAUUUUUAUUUUUCUUCAAAAAAAACAAGCCUUUUUCAGCUUCUACCAACAUUCAGCUGCGGUGCCUUAUUGCAUGAUCAAAGAAAACGCAACUUGUAAUAGCAUAUAUCGAGAGACUUUUGUGAGAGAUACUGGUACACUCUUUAUAGCAAACAAAGCAAACACUUGAUUGCACUUGAAUGUUUUUUUUUUUUUCUUUUGACAAACGCUGCCAACCACGGCCUUACAGAAACACAACUCGCAUUCAUUGUUAUCGUAUGAAGGAAGAGCUUUGGUGUAAAUUAUUUUGGUACGUCAGAUGGUUCAAGCUGGGACAUUUGUGGGCCCUCAGUUAAAGCACUUUUUAUAUUCACUUCAUAAACAAGCAAAUUGUGUCCAUGAUAUCUGCCAAUAGGAAUGCGGGAACCUCCUCUGUAUGGAGACAUUCCACUUAUUCUGACACGGUCAAGUCGACAGCAUGUACUGUACCAUUAAGGCUCUUCCACCUGUUUCACAAUACUACAAGUUACUGCGAAGCUGCUCUGAUCUAGUUGGGAAAAAAUUCUCGUCUGUACUGAUAAGUUGUUUUUUUUUAAUUUGUCCAAGAAAGUAACUUUGGCACAAGUUCGCAACCAAAUGUGGACAGCUGUUGUAAGCUGUAAAAGCCAGUAAUGAUCUCUCAGUAUGGACACGAGACACGUCAUGUGUUCUUGGUCACAUCCAUAAUGAAAUCUGCAUCUAUGUGCGCCGACAUUUAAUUGGCUGAAUGCUUAAUCAUACCAUUCUUAUGCUAUAAAUUUAAGAAAGACGGAGAAUCAGGGAGAAUGUUGUUGUAUUGUGUCAUUGUGUUACUGCUGUAAUAUGCCUCAAAACAUCCACCGUUGUGCAUUCACAGGCAAACGGCCAGUAUUCUGCCUCUGUCACAUCACCACAGUGUAACAAUAACUUUCUCAUCGUCACUACAGUUAGAAUAAUGUUUUGUGUUUGAGGUAACUAAAGGUACAGGCUCAUGCUGUGAACAGUGGGGGAAGCUUGUGAAAUGUGCUCUAACCAAACAUGGAGGUUUAAUGCAGUCAGGACUGUCACAAUCCCUGGAUACACUGGCUCAGAAAUCAAAGUAGUUACAUUGUCUAACGUAUGCAUGCGUUUCGCCAAUGUGCCCUCGUCUGAGUUACCGCUGGCCUUAUCGAGGUAACCUGGAGGACACGUUCCUCUGGUUACACCUGAUAGCACCUAUCAGAGAUGAUUUUACCAGCAGGACCAAUCAGAGAUCUCUGUUGGAAAACCAAUCCCAGUGUAGCAGGUAAAAGGGACAAGAGGGAGUGAGGUGCAGUUCGUGUUCUGAGUAAUUUAUUGAAACAAACUGUGCGAAACCGUUGUACCAAUGUCAAAGCUGAAACAGUGAAGUGUCUAAUGUGGCAUUGAAGUGUCUAAUAAAAUCCCAUUUUGCUAUUA